CGCCGCGGAGCAGCCGAGCGAGCGCCCUGGAGGCCGCGCCAGGGCCGAGCCGGGUCCCGACGGCGCAGCCAUGGACGCCCCGCCGCUGGCCGGCAAGGUCGCGGCGCUGUCGCUGGGCGCCCUCCCGGUGUCCUACGCGCUCAGCCGCGUGUCGGCGCUCUCGCACCCACUGGCGGUGGCUUUGAUGAGCGGCCUGAUCCUAGCUGUGCUCUUUGUGGUCGUCUACAGCUUGUCGCAUAGCGAGAUCUCCCACGACCCACUCUACGCCGUCUUCGCGGUCUUCGCCUUCACCUCCGCGGUGGACCUCAUGAUCGCUCUGCAGGAAGACGGCUACGUGACGGGCUUCGUGGACUUCUACACCAAGGAGGGCGAGCCCUACCUGCGCACGGCGCACGGGGUCUUCACCUGCUACUGGGACGGCACCGUUCACUACCUCCUCUACCUGGCCAUGGCCGGCGCCAUCCGCAGCAGGAAGAGAUACCGGAACCUUGGACUCUACUGGCUGGGAUCCUUUGUCAUGAGCGUCCUGGUGUUCCUCCCAGGAAACAUUCUGGGCAAGUACAGCUCCGAGGUCAGGCCGUCCUUCUUCCUCACCGUCCCCUACGUGCUGGCCCCGUGCUGGGCCGGCAUGAGGGUCUUCACCCAGUCCCGGGCGCCUCCCUGCUGCACCCCCGACGCGGUGCAGCAGGAGCAAAGAAAGGGCCUUCUGCAGCGCCCGGCGGACCUGGCCCUCGUCGCAUACCUCAUCCUCGCCGGCUUCUUCACCCUGUUCCGGGGCCUGGUGGUACUUGACUGCCCCAUGGAUGCCUGCUUUGCCUACAUCUACCAGUAUGAGCCAUACCUGCGGGACCCCGUGGCCUAUCCAAAGGUGCAGAUGCUGGUGUGCAUGUUCUACGUUCUUCCUUUCUACGGCUUGGCGGCCUACGCCCUCACCUUCCCUGGUUGCUCCUGGCUGCCCGACUGGGCCUUGGUCUUUGCUGGGGCCCUCGGCCAGGCGCAGUUCUCGCACAUGGGCGCCUCCACGCACCUGCGCACGCCCUUCACCUACCGGGUGCCCGAGGACACCUGGACCUGCUUCUUCCUGAGCAACCUGCUGUACGCGUUGGGCCCCCACCUGCUGGCCUUCCGCUGCCUGCGGUGGCCUGCGUUCUUCCUGCGGCCACCACCCGCCGGGCCCCCGGAGCACCUUAAGAAGCAGCAGUGAGGAGGCCGUGGGCCCCCCAGAACUCUGUUUACAGGCCCAGCCGGCCCUGCCCGGCGGGGAGGGUGGGGUGGGUUUUUCGGGGGCAGGAGGGGUCGUCUCCAGAUGUCUUCGGUCCUGGGUCUGGUGGUUGGAGGCCAGAGGGUGGGAUGGGGGGGCGAGGGGCCAGGUGCAAAGACAGCCUUGCACGGCUGUCACCAUGUCCCAACCACCCCCCAACACGGACUCCCCUACCCCCUCCCAGAAUUUAUCCUCCGUGCCUUUUAGUAAAAGUUCUUUUGACGUCCAAAA